AUGACCACUCGAGGGUGAAGCUGAAAGCUGACGUCAACCCGUCUCGCUCCGACUACAUCAACGCCAGCACCAUUAUUGAGCACGACCCCCGGAUGCCGGCCUACAUUGCCACCCAGGGACCGCUGUCCCACACCAUCUCUGACUUCUGGCAGAUGGUGUGGGAGAACGGCUGCACCGUCAUCGUGAUGUUGACCGCCCUGGUGGAGGACGGAGUGAAACAGUGCGACCGCUACUGGCCUGAUGAAGGCUCGUCCCUCUACCACAUCUAUGAGGUGAACCUGGUGUCGGAGCACAUCUGGUGCAACGACUUCCUGGUGCGCAGUUUCUACCUGAAGAACGUGCACACGCAGGAGACCCGCACGCUCACGCAGUUCCACUUCCUCAGCUGGCCUGCGCAGGGCAUCCCCACCUCCACACGCCCCCUGCUGGAUUUCCGCAGGCUGCAGGCUCCAGAGCGGGGCCCACUGGCUCCAAACGGCUUCACAGUCCCAGCAGCGGGAGACGAGUGUUCUUUCAGGAGAGAGUUGUCCGUCUGCUUGGACCUGGACGAUCGCGUGAAGAGGAACAGCUGA